AUGGGUACCAUGCAGACGGAGAGAGGCUGCCAGACGCUGCUGACCUCCAGGAGCGAGCCUUCUCUUCGCCACCGGGGGCAUCCGAAACUCCCGCCCAUCGGCGGGGUGCAGAAGAGCAGCUCGGGUCGUCCGCCCCUCUAUGCGCGAGAUGCACGGACCAAGGACAAGGUUCUUCCGAAGCUCCUGGCCAAGCUCGUCGGCCAUCUGGCAGAGGAGGCACCUGUACAAUCCAGGUCGAGACCCAGCUCCACCGAGCGGCGUGGGUGCCCAGGCAGCUCACCAAGGCGCCCGACGCGCGCGGAGAGGAGGGCCACCACCGUGAUUAUUUCCAGCGGGCAGGGUGCGGCUAAGCUGGCCCUGACCACCGUCUGCCUGGAGAAGCCUCCGCCGCCCCAGAGCCCGGAGAAGCCUCACCCGAGCUCGGCGCCGGCCCGGGUGGUGUCCAUGGAGCGCCUCAUAGCCUUGGCGCAGCCAAAGCGGCGGAAGACCAAGCACGAGGAGGAGCUGGCAGCCGAGACUGGCCCGCAGAUGCUGGGCCGACCCGCCCCAAAGGCUGCGCCUCGCUCCGGCAAAGAGGAACGCCCUGCCUCCCGGUCCAAUCGCCCGGGCCCGGCGGGUGCCCCCACGCCUGUGCCCAAGCCGCAAGCUGCGACUGUCCAGCAAGCACAGGCCCCAGCCGGAGGGCAGCCCGGCAAAGAGAGCAGGAAGGGCGCCAGCCACCCCAGCGCCCCCAAUGUCAGAGCCCAAGCCAACCACAAAGACCGAGCCUCGCCUGCCCCCGGGCCGGGCAAAGCCACCCAGGCGCCCGCUCCCAAGCCAAAGGCUUCGAGCGGAGCCCGCAACGGCAGCCGGGAAAAGGCGACAGCUCCACAUUCUGCAUCCCCACCCACAGGUUCUGCAGAUCCCCCAAGCGCCCCAAGCGCCCGAAGCGCCCCAAGCGCCGAUAUCAAGCCGGCCGAGCCCCAGCAACCGACCCCGAGCUCCAAUCUUCCAGCCGAGCCGCAGCAAGAGACCCCGAGCCCCAAGUUGCCGGAGUCUCCGGCGCGCGUGGGCCUAGGGACCUCGAUCCAAAGCUCGAAUUCAGAAACUGACGAUCGGCCUGCGUCGCCUUUUCAGGCAGAGGGGGAGGACGAGCUGGAGGCUUCCUACACGCACGAGUUCGAGUUCGACGAGGAAGAGCGAAGCUCUGCGGACGGACCAGACGUGGAGGCAGAUGCGGCCAGCGACGUGAUGUCCGCCAACCAGGAGGAAAACAGUCCGGACCCCUGA